AUGCCCUCCUCCGACUCCCCCAUCAUGUCCACCGCUCUCGUCUCAGACCGCCUCGGCGCCGAAAACAUGGACGGCCAGGGCAUCCUGGCCGGGCGGGCGAAAUCCCACGCCCGGCCCUGGACGGGCUGCAUACCCUCCGAAGAACUGUCCAAAGACAACCUCCCACCCUUCUACGUCCGUCUGCAAGACGACCAAGUGGGCCACCUCGCCUUCUGGGUCGGCACGUCCCGGGGCUCCAUCACCCGCCUCAAGCUCGGCCACGUCUGGCCCUGGGAUUUCGACGUGCAGGGGAAGAUCUCCUCGCGGAGGGACAACUGGGGCGCGGAGUACGGCGGGUGCGGCAAGGAGAGGGGGAAGGGGCUUGGGGGUGGGAAGAAAGUGCCGGCGUGGACGGACCCGGGCUUGCAUCUCACGUAUACGAGCAGCCACAAGGUCAUGGCGGGGGAACUGGAUGCUCUCAAGAGGGGCGCCGCCUUGAAGCGGCAAGCCGAAGAGGAGGCCGGGAGGAACGUGUGCGUGCCGGUCAAGAAGCCCAGGCUCGGUAGCAUGAGCACGGAGUUGAAGAGGAUGAAAGAGACUGCGGCGAAGAAGCGCCAGAAAGACAAGGCCACGGAAAAUGAGAAGGAACGCUAUGUCGGGGCGAAGCCUGAGCUUCGUGACGCGAUGCAGGUUGUCGAUACCCUGAUGAGAAGCGCCACGGAGACUGGGAAUCAAAAUGCCACGCUCGAGACCAUGUUAUUGAAGAAUGAAGCCCACUACAUCAAAAACACCGAUGACAUGUUCGAUGAAUGGCUAGCCUACAACGAAAUCAAACGGACGGAAGUCAAUAGAAUCUAUGAGGAUCACGCUAUCGAGAUCAAGAGUCGUGAUGCUAAGAUCGAGGCCUUGGAGACGGAAGCGAAGGGGUCCAUAGCUCGCCUGAACAAGGAGAAGCAAAAGGUCAGAGUCCGCGAUGAGCGUUUGGCACGCGUCAAAAGCCUCUGGGUGCAGGAGCAGAACCUUAUGGAGAAGAAAUUCCGGGAACUCGAAGAGAUAGCGAUAGAUCUGGACGAGCUGUCGGAAUGCAACUAUGGAGUUGAUGGACCGGACGCUGAGGAGUCGGACUCCGAAGCCGAGCCGGAAGGGGAGGGUAAGGAGGAGCGGAAGCGAGAGCCCAAGGAGCCCGAGGAGCCGGAGGCGAAGGGGUCAACAGAUCGAGAGCUGAGGAAGUCCGCUGUUCGGGAGAGAAUGAAGGGCAUGGAUGCGAAGGACACUGUCAAUCUCGAUGAAGACGAAGAUGUGGAGGACGAAGAAGGUCCAAUCUCUAGCCAACGGAAGGGAAGAUUGAGGAACUUCAUUCAGAGCAGACCAGCUUCGUCGGUGUGA